ACACUGAAGGAAAGAAUGAGGAGAGACGAGUCUCGGCCUGUCUCUGAUCUUAGAGACCCUGUGGACACAGAACCCACAAACGAGGAGUUUAAUACAGAACCGCCCCCUACAGGUUUGGAGGUCGAGGUUAAUUUAGAAAGUGAUGAAGAUGUGAAGAAUGACGAUGCUGAUCCUGAUGAAUCACACGCCGUUUUCAGGAUAAACACAUCCCCCCCGAGUUUUCACAACAGCCAAGUGCAUGAAUGUGCAGGGGUCAAAGGUCAACUUCUGUCAGAACACUUGGUUGCUCAAGCGGCAGCUAUAACUUCAGAAGAGGAAAGUUCAGAUAGGAGAUCGAUUUCAAAAGCCCCGUGCAGCGACGCCGUGAUUCAGGAAAAUAUGACAGCAAAGAACACCUCAUCGGCCGCUGCCAUGGAGACCGGCGAUGACAUCACUCUGGUUAAUAAAGGUUCGCCAUCUGGGGCCGUACAGCCGAGUACAGACGAGAUGGAUGGCGUCACGAUAUCUCACCAGCCAGACACGGCGCCACCGAAAGAGGAGAAGAUCAUCGAGGAGGAGAUGAAAUUGACUGAGAGAUUUAUAUCACAAGAACAGAAAAGGUGCGACCUGAGUCCAGAAGUCUGUCUAAACAGAACCGGAGGAGAACCAGCCACAUCCACACUCAGAUACCAGCAUCUCAUUGGUCCACAUGGAAACACAGGACUGCAGGGACCUCAGGGUCCUAGUGGACUGCCUGGAGCUCCAGGGUCAAAAGGAGAAAAGGGCUUUGCAGGAAUGAUGGGUCAGACGGGACAGAAUGGUUAUCGAGGGCCGAUGGGUCCGCCUGGCAUUCCUGCCAUCGUCGUGUGGAUGGCAUCAGAGGAAGAGUGGAAAGAGUUUAGGAAGAGUAAACUCUAUAAAAAGCUCAUGGCGUCAUGGCCGAGACAGAAAGGAUGACCUGGACCCCCGGGGCAACCCGGAGACCCUGGGCCACCUGGCCGUUUGGGAGUUCCAGGGAAACAGGGCAAGAAAGGAGUCACAGGGUCGAUUGGGAGAGCAGGGACACCUGGGAUACCUGGACCUCCUGGAAGACCAGGCCAAGACGGCACGCCGGGAAAAGGAGGAGACCCGGGCCAGCCGGGACCACGAGGAGAAAACGGUCCAAAGGGAUACAGAGGCGAGCGAGGUAGUAAAGGGGAGCUGGGUGAGUGGGGUUACACUGGAGAACCGGGACCUCAGGGUGAGAAAGGCAGGAACGGGGAGAAGGGAAAUAAAGGGAAAGCUGGUCAGAUUGGAAUAACUGGAUAUGCUGGGCUGCCUGGACCGCGAGGACAGCAGGGGAUCAUGGGAAGACGCGGCCCUCCUGGAGAAGCCGGAUGGCCCGGGUUUACAGGAGCUCCAGGUCCGACUGGGCGCAUGGGGCCGAGAGGUGAAAAGGGAUUGGGAGGAGUUAAAGGACCUCCUGGUCAGCCUGGUGAGAUUGGACCGAGAGGAGGAGUUGGGAAACCGGGAGAUCCAGGUCCUGAAGGCAUUACGGGAUUUCAUGGCGACGGCGGGCUGCAGGGUAAACCAGGGCGAGAUGGGCCUCCAGGUCCCAAAGGAGAUCCUGGACAGAUUGGUACCGAAGGCUCCAUUGGAGACCCGGGGCCACCAGGACAACCAGGUGUUUCUGGACAAGUGGGAAAACCAGGACCCUCAGGUGAUCCAGGUCUGAAAGCUGAGCGAGGAGAUAAAGGAGAGCCGGGUGAAAAAGGAGGACAGGGUUCUCCUGGUCCUCCUGGUCUUUCUGGGUUCCGUGGACGAGCAGGUCGCUCAGGUGUUCAGGGAGAACCCGGGCCGACCGGAUCCGCUGGAUCACGAGGACCACAGGGUUUCGAAGGAAGUGCUGGAGAUCAGGGCAAACAGGGCCAAGAUGGUCCCAAGGGAGAACGAGGUCCUGAUGGUGUAAAUGGAUCUCCGGGACCGAGAGGUGAUAAGGGUCGUCUGGGUCGCAGUGGAUUCACGGGUCUGCCAGGACCUUUGGGUGAAAUGGGAAGAUCAGGAGAGCGAGGACCUGAAGGAGAGCCUGGUAUCAAGGGUAGAACAGGAUUUCCAGGAGGACCUGGAGCUAAAGGCCUGAAGGGACUUCAGGGGUUUUCAGUGAUUCGAGGACAAGAUGGAAUUCACGGUUCUCCAGGUCUCAGAGGAGCACUAGGAGCAAAUGGAGACCCAGGUUCCAUAGGACAAAGGGGUUUGCAGGGGAAGCCCGGUGCUCCUGGUGUACAAGGUCCUGUUGGAACAAACGGAGAGCCGGGAAGCAGGGGAACCGCCGGCCAACCUGGAAAUCCUGGAGUGAAGGGAAUAAAAGGGACUGAAGGUCCAAAGGGACGUCCUGGCAGUCCAGGGCAGAAGGGAGUUCGAGGACACGAGGGUCCUAAAGGACAACCUGGACAUCCAGGAGCUCGAGGUCUGCAGGGAGUAAAGGGUUACCGAGGAGCUCUGGGUGUGCAGGGGAAUAUGGGAGCCUGGGGUAUGAUUGGCCUCCAGGGGCCACCAGGGGAUCAAGGGCCUCAAGGACCAACCGGACCUGCAGGAGUGCCUGGAUAUCCUGGUAAAGAUGGACCAGCAGGAGCUUUAGGACCUCAAGGAGAAAAAGGAGAUAAGGGAGUUAAAGGAGCAGAGGGAGAAGAGGGAGUGUCUGGUGUCGAUGGUGAGGAGGGCGGAGUUGGACUCAGGGGAUCAGUCGGGCGUCUGGGAUUUAAAGGAGCGCCAGGUGAGCGGGGAAGUCCUGGAUUCCGUGGAGUUCCUGGAUUAAAAGGUGUCAGAGGAGAACGAGGGCCUCACGGACCAGAGGGAAUAAAGGGAACGACUGGACGAGAAGGACAAAGUGGCCUUCAAGGGCAAUCCGGAGAGCAGGGUCCCCCUGGAGAAAAGGGUCAGUCUGGAUCCAGAGGACGUCUGGGUUCGGCAGGCAAAUACGGACCAGGCGGAGAAACUGGACCUGAGGGUGCAAAGGGUAAUAAAGGUGAACAUGGGCUUACUGGUGAGAGCGGGAUCCAGGGGCCUCCAGGUUCUGCAGGUGGACCAGGAUUACUAGGUUUAAUAGGAAACAGAGGUCCUGCGGGAGAUAACGGACACCACGGGCUGAAAGGAGACGCUGGUGAACAAGGGGAACCUGGAGCGCUGGGGCAAGAAGGGCCAGCAGGUAUUGAAGGGUCAAGAGGAAAGAAAGGAGAGGCCGGAGAACCAGGCAAAUAUGGACCUGUGGGACCCCUGGGACCUAAAGGGCCUCCUGGAGAAAAAGGUACACCAGGACCUGCUGGACCUCCAGGUAACACGGGGAUCAAAAGUCAACCAGGACCAAAAGGGGAAAUGGGACUUCCUGGAAAUAAAGGCAGCAAAGGUGUUGCUGGAAAACCGGGAGCUCGAGGCCUGAAGGGAAAACGCGGAUCUCGUGGGAGUCCAGGAAAACCAGGUCAAGGUGGCACUGAUGGUUUACUUGGAGUGCAAGGCAACGAGGGAGAUCCGGGUAACAGAGGACAUGGAGGACCCCUGGGACAACCAGGAGAGCCUGGCAGGCCACGUCCAGCAGGAGCUCCGGGCUUUCAGGGGGAACCAGGAGUGACUGGGAUAAAGGGUUCCUCUGGAGAAUCAGGAGAACCUGGACCUUCUGGACCCGUUGGACCAAGAGGGAUUCCUGGACUCGGGGGUGAAAAGGGACACGUUGGUCUUCAAGGACCAAAGGGAACGUCGGGUAUCCGUGGAAUCCCAGGAGUCGGAGGAACACCAGGACUGAAGGGGGAACCAGGUGUUAUAGGACCUAAAGGCCAGGCAGGUGUGAACGGUGCACAGGGUGAUGUGGGUCCUCGUGGUCCUCCAGGUCAGCUCGGACUUCCCGGUCUUACUGGCAUUUUAGGGAAGAAGGGACUGAAGGGAGCGAGAGGAUCCUCAGGACCGAAAGGAAGGAAAGGACAAAGAGGAGAACCGGGGAAACCAGGACCUCCUGGAGGCACCACAGAGACCAACAGAGGUGGAACACAAAAUACAAACCAGUUCCGAUCUCAGAGGAGAGAAAGAUCUCAGAACGCAGCUCAGGGGAACGAAAACGCAGAAGAUCCGCCUCGAGGAACUAAAGCGCACCCGGCAUCUACGUGCAGGGAACUCACACUCGAUCGUCCUCACCUGGAAGACGGAUUUUAUUACGUGGAUCCGAAUCACGGCUGCCCGUUUGAUGCCCUGCACGUUUUCUGUAACUUUACGGCCGGUGGACUCACCUGUGUCUCGCCUGUCCAAUCACAGUUCACAGGAGCGCCGCGUGUGAUGACGGGAAACAGAGGAGUGCAGAGUGACUCCAGGGUCAGAGACUCAGCAUUGGAGUAUUCACAGCUCGAUGUGGUCCAGCUGAGGUUCCUGCGUCUGCACAGUGCUUCUGUUACUCAGGCCCUGAGCGUCUCCUGCUCCUCCGCUCCUCUGCUCACACACCUACAGGUUCGGGGAGAUUCUGGGGCUGAACUCCGUCUCUCCAGCACCGCUGACUCGAGGAACGGCUGCGAGGUUCAGCUAAGAUUUUCAGAAACAGGAGAGAGGAUGAACCUGCUUCCCAUCAGAGAUCUGCACUUAUCAGGAGGAAAACUACCAGGAUCCAGCUUCAGGGCUGAAAUUGGACCUCUGUGCUUUUUAUAGCGCCAUCCAGAGGCACUAAUGAGUCACUGCACUUAAAAUAGAUAAAAUUUGACAAAAUCUAAAUAUAAAUAGCAUAAGUGUAAAUAUGUAUGUGUAUGAUAAAAUGCAGUUUGUCUCUGUCAAAACUUGAAAUGAAUUUAUUUUAACUUUAUAACAUUUUUGGGAGCAAAUUUGAUUUAAACGUUUGACAGUAAAAAGAAAAUCAGUUAAACAGCACAAAUAUUGUUUAUAUUAAUUUAUUUGGUGAGAAUAAAAAUCUUAUAGCAUAAUAAAACUUAUGCUAUAAGUGUUAGA